GGUGUGCGCACCUUUAUAAAAGUCGGAUCAAAAGCAUUGUAAAGGGGUUUAGAGUUUCAUUCUGUAUUAUGCAACUUUCUGAAUGAGGGCUGUUUGUGGUUUAUAUUCACCUUGGACAAGUUGUUUUUGUCACUGGGCUCACUUGCACAUGUGUAGGCUAUUUGUAUGUAUAAGCUUGCUGCAGCCAGAAGAAGCUCCAUCGGGGAUGAAUAAUUUGAACGCAAUUUUUGACUUCUAAAAUAAAGCCUUUUGUGCGUGUGUCAGUUAUGAACACUUCUCAAUGUGUGCACUCCUUUACACUCCCUUGACCUAUAUUCAUCUUAAAUCACGAGAACCACAAAUUAUUCGAUUAAAACGAGAUGCCAAAGGCUUGAAUAUAAAGCCUAAAGCCGAGGCAUUAACAUGUUUCAAGAUAAACUGCUUUCAAAUAAAGCAGCUUCUCGAUUGCAGAAGCGCGGUGUAGAUAGCGUGCUAAAUUCUGACAGGCGGAUGAUUCGGUUAACUGUAUUACGUAGAGAGCGCGACAUGCGCUGGGGGCCUUGCGCUCUUCUGUCGCUCAUAAAAUAUGGUGUCGUAUGAAGUCUGUUGUUCGAAAGAAAGUGGUAACAUACGGAUAUGCAAAUAACCACGCACGUAGUGGCAAAAACAUACCAGUUAAAAGGCAGACAAAGUCACACUGGUUAUGAAACGCGAUGUUGAGGUCUACGGGUUUUUUCCGUGGGAUUGACUGCCCGUUUUAUUGUGAGAAUGCUAAUGGGAAAGCCGGUGCAGAUGGGUGCAGCAGACCCUACUGUCACUUCAGACACAGCAAACAAAGACGAGCCUCCUCUGGGAUAUACGACAUCAAUAAGACUAAAGCGCGUUCUGCGAGUCCAAACGAUCAGGGAUAUGAUCCAUUCAGCCCAGAGGUUGUAAGACCAGGUGAACAUUAUAAUGGGGAGCCACCGUCGAGCCUGUUGGUGGGACAGGAUGUGGACCUGGGUACUGUGGAGCUGGAAUUGGUCAAUCAGGCCAUUGAGGCUGUUCGCAAUGAGAUGGAAAGGGACAAGAAGAAGCUUUCUCGGAUUGGCGAUCAGGAAUAUGAGCCGACCACAAACUCUGUUAAGAGACUGAAACCCAAUGUAUCAUCCCACCAGGGCUACGAUCCUGGGAGCCAUCAAAUGGGCCAAGCGAGUGAAUACACCCCAUCUCCUUGCUCCAGCAAAUACACGUUAGACUCAGACAACAGCAUUGCCAAUGCACUGGAAUAUGUGCCCACCUCUGUCUCCAAAAAAAGCAUUAAAAAGGUGUUACCUCCCCCGUCCCGUACAAAGUGUAAAUACACUCUGGAUAACUCCAAACCAACCUCGGACAUGGAGUAUGACCCUCUCUUGAACUAUUCGGCUAAGCUGGCUGUAAAAGAACAAAAGACUUUGUGUUCAGAGGGAAAGGCGAGAAAGAGGUUUUACCCUGGAAUACAAGGGGAAGAUGAGGAAUAUGUUCCAACGGCAAAGAAACCAAUGUCGAUGUCUCCUAAAGCAUCUGUCCCAAAGUACACUGCGAGUUUCUCUGAAUCCGAUGAGGAAAGUUCUGGGACAGAGUAUCGUCCAACAUCCAUAAGCCGAAUGCAGCGCAAAGGGAUCAACAUCAGCCUGAAAAAGGAACGAGAGUCAGGUACGAUGGGACAGCAAGGAAAUCGAGUGUCUAAUACUGAUGAGGUUUUCUCACAAAACGAAUCAGAUUAUUUGGAGUCCCAGGAUGUGGACAGGACAAACAAAAAGAUAGACAAAAAGACGCCUUUGAGUCAGUGGAAAAAUAUAAAAUCUGAUAAACUGAAAAAAGAGAAGGAAUCCAAUAAGAAGAGUCAAAAAGAAAGGUGGGAAAGUUCUACUUCAAAGAAUUCAAGUAAAAUAGACAAGAACCAAAGUAAGCAUGAGGACAGAAUCAGUAAGUCUAAGGAAAAGGUGCGGAAAGAUGGUUCAGAGUCAAAAAGUACUGAUGAAAAGAACAAGAUAGUUAAGAUAAAGAGUGAACAUUGCCACAAGGAAAAAGAUAGAGGAAGUGCCAACAUCAAGAAGCCCAAAAUGGACAAGGUGGUAAAAACCAAUAAGGUGCCACCCAAAUUCAAAGACCCGAAGAACGGAAAACUUGAGAGCAGCACAAAGGAGAAGGGCAAAAACAAAAGCAGCCAUGGUUGCAGCAGCACUAAAGACAAAAGCAAAAAAAGCAGCUUAGUCCUUGAUUACAAAGAGGCAAGUGAGACCAAACAGAGGAAUCUGAACCACAUAGACUUGUUCGGUGCUGAGAGUGCUGAAGAAGAUGAUGAGGAAGAUGAGAGGAUAGCGAGGAAGUCGGCCUCUGCUUUUAAACUGGGAAGCAUCAUGAAUCAAAAAAGGAAAAUGUCUGAAGAUACAUCAUCGGAAGAUGAUUCUGAAGUGGAUGAUGAUGAUGAUGAUGAUGGUGGUGGUGGUGAAGCAGUGGACUACUCCUGUCUGCAGGAUGAGAUGGAGUAUGAUUCGGACCCGAUGGACGAGUGUCUGCGGAUAUUUAAUGAAUCCAAAGAGGUGAAGAUGGAAGACAAAGGGAGACAAGCUAAGCAGCCUUCAAAGGAACUGGAGGAGGGGGAUGAGGAAGAAACAGAAAGCACUUUAACUACUCUCUUUCCUGGCCAGAAGAAGAGGGUGUCACAUUUUAAAGCUCAAGGAAAGUCAGGGACAUCGCUGAACGCUAUGCCGAUGCCGCAGCGGAGGAUGACAGCGCAGGAGAUCUGUUACCAACGCAUGCAGAAGGCCCAGCAACAGGCGGCACAGCUGGCUGCUGCAGUAAAAGCUGCAUCUGCAUCAACCAACCCAAAACAGGGCAUCUCUGGAGAGAAACGACGGGUGGCGCACCGGCCAAAUGCCUCUUUGCCCUCCUUAAAGCCUGGACUAGCUGAUGCCAGCAGUCGGAUGUUAUCACCCAACAGAGUGGCGACAGAUCAGCUUUCAGUCAAAGCUCAUACAUCGGUGGGCAUCCUGUCAAAGACCACUUCCACUGCGGUGCAGAAAAGAGUGGCUCACACCCCCACCAUGAAGAGCUCUGCCAUGAAGCGUCCUGUCAUUCCUGCAGAAUUUGGGGCCAAGGUGCCCACUAAUGUCCGCCAGCGUUACCUAAACAUCUUCAUUGAUGAGUGCCUGAAGUUUUGUUCCUCUGAACAGGAAGCUUUUCAGAUGGCUCUGGAAGAAGAGAAGGUGGUGUGUGACAGGAGCAGCAGUAAGAACAUCUACCUGAACGUCGCUGUAAACACACUGAAGAAACUUCGUAGCAAGAACACACCUUCAUCCCCUGCCAACAAGAGCCCUGCUGUAUCAGUGAAUACAAAGUGUCAGUCUCAUGAAGGAGUUCUUGGUGGACGGCUUGCUGCUAAAACCAGCUACACAAUCAACCGCUCCGGCAAACAGCAGGAUGUAGACCUUAAAGGAGCCAUUCUCUACAAAAAACUGAAAAAGUAUGCAAUGGCUGAAGAACAGCUGCUGGAGCAUGGCUACCCCGGACCUCACCCUGAGGUGUCGGGUCAUGCUGUCGUCCAUAACCUCCCAGAGAAGAAAAACAAUGACCCUUUUUCCAAAAUCUGUUGUCGUUGUGGCGCCGAGUACAAGAUAAAUGCUAACGGCAGCUGUGUGCGUAAAGAGGAGUGCAGUCACCACUGGGGAAGAUUGCGCAGAAACAGAGUUCCAGGAGGUUGGGAGACACUUUACAACUGCUGCUCUGGUGCAGUUGGUUCUCCUGGAUGUGAAGUUUCUAAACAACACGUACAAGAUGGGCGUAAAGAGUCCUUGGAUGGUUUUGUGAAGACUUUUAACAAGCCAUUGCCAGUAGAUGGAAAUGGAGGCGUCUACGCCUUGGACUGUGAGAUGUGCUACACAAAACAAGGUUUGGAGCUGACCAGAGUGACCGUCAUUAACUCUGACCUCAAGGUUAUUUAUGACACUUUUGUCAAGCCUGGCAGCAAAGUGGUGGAUUAUAACACACGGUUUUCAGGUGUGACGCAGGAUGACCUGGAGAACACCACCAUCACCCUGAGAGAUGUGCAGGCGGUGCUACUGAGCAUGUUCAGUGCAGAGUCCAUCCUGAUCGGACACAGUCUUGAGAGUGACCUGUUUGCGCUCAAGCUUAUUCACUGCUUGGUUGUGGACACCGCUAUUGUGUUUCCUCACCGCCUGGGUUUGCCCUACAAGCGUGCCCUGCGCAACCUUAUGGCCGACUACCUCAAACGCAUCAUACAAGACAACGUUGGAGGGCAUGACUCCAGUGAAGAUGCCCGAGCCUGCAUGGAACUCAUGAUCUGGAAAAUCAAAGAGGAUGCCAAGGUGAAGCGAUGACCUCUGACCCUGCCAGUUCUCUCACACGAUGUUAUGACCUUGAAGGAUUUUCGAUGAACAGAGCAUCAUAGAGGAAGAGUCACUGAAGCUCUUCAUAAUGGGCUGUGCGUCACUUGGGUCGGAUAAACUGCUUCAGAGUAAACUCUGCAGUUUGAAUGAGAGGGAAAGAAAGAGAUGGACUGACAGGAGGGAUAAUGUGAUAGAUUGCAAUGCCUAGACCACCAUGGCUCCUAGUAACCAGAGCUAUCAAACAAGCAAUCUUAAUUCCCAUCAUGCUAAAACUGAUCUAGUUUUGGGCAUUAUUUUCACAAGUGGACAUAGAUUGAGGAGAGGUUAAUUGACCUUGAGUUGAGUUAAAGUAUUCUCUGUUUUUUUCAGCAGUACAUUUGUUUUCAAAGACCCUAGUCCCACACAUCAUCAAUUGUGAGGGUGUUUUAAUGUUCACUCUAGGUGAUGUGGAUCUGGGAAGGUCUGUGUGUUGCACUCUUAAGUCAUGUUUUUCAGCACUGAUUCGAUGUCAAUUCCUCUAGUAAUAAUGUAUAGCAAACCACAUAAUCAACUAUGCUGUCUUGUCUAGCUCCGAAUGAGUAAAACUAGAGCAUUCUGACAUUUUCAUGACCCCAAUGCCUUGUUAAUCAGACUCAGUAUUAUUAUCUGUACUCCAAUUAGUACAGUUUGUUUACACAUUCAAAUUUGUUGGGGAUUUGUUCACACAAAUCAAGAGCUGACAGGACAUUUAGAAAAAUAAUAAUAAACUGUUUAACUUUUAUUUACUUUUUUAAUUUACUUAAAUUUGUAUUAAGUUUAAGCUAUUAAAUGCAGUUUAUUGUAAACUGACACUCUAAACGUCACAUCAUUCAUGUAGGCCUGCCACUUUAAACACAUUAUUACUACUAAAAACACAUAACUUUUGAUAUUUGUCAAAAAAAAAAAGAUCAAGAUGGAUGUACAUUGAUUUGUAAUGUUAUUAAAUGACAUUAAUGCCAUGAGCUGUAAAUAAGUUGUAUUUGAACUGUUUUUGUAGUUAUUUAGUUUUUCUAAAAAAAAAAAAGCUAUGAAUGACACAGCUCAAAAAUUUUAUACCCACCUUAGCAUUCAUAUAUAUUUAUUUUUAUUAUAUAUAGAAUAUUGUGUAUGUAUACAUCUUGAGUAUAAACAUAUAAACUACUGUGUAAACAUUCAGUCAGUAUAAAGUUUUUUUAAAGAUUUAUUUCUUUAAUUUAGCAAGGAUGCUUCAAAUUGAACAGAACUGAAGACUUUUAUAUAUUAAGUUCUAUUUCGGUUUCAAAAAUUAUGUUAAUAAAUGCUUUUGAACUUUCUUUUCAUGUUGAUAAUCAUGAAAGUUUCUUCUAAAGUUUCUUGAGCAGUAA